AUGUUGGAACUUAAAUAUGAAUACACCGGCGAAAGAUUAAAAUUCAAUCAAUUUUGGUUAAGAGAUCAUUGCCGCUGCUCAGAAUGCUAUAACGAAGUGACAAAGCAAAGGAAAUAUAAUUUAUUAGACUUGCCAGAUGAUAUUGCGGUUAAAGAUUGGCAUAGCACAGAAGAUGGAAAAUUACUAAAAGUGAAAUGGAAUGAUGGCCAUUGCUCAGAAUACGAGCUAGAUUUUCUAUACAAUUCGCAAGUGGAUAAGAUUGUAUUGCUUAACGAUUUAAGAACCCCUUGGAGAUUAUCGGAAAUUUUAGCGAAAGAAAACGAUUUGAAGUUUAAAUUCACCCAUGUCGUGUCUUCGGACGUUUGCGUUAAAAAUUUAGUUAAAGUUUUGGUGCAAUAUGGCAUUGUAUUUAUACAACAGGUGCCGGCCAAUACCACUAUGACUGAAAUGGCUGUACGUCGUAUAUUUCCGAUAAUGAAAACCUUUUUUGGAGAAAUGUUUACCUUUAGUGAUGCUCCCGAUCAUUCAGAUACCGCUUAUUCAAAAGAUUAUUUAGGCUCUCAUACAGAUAAUACUUAUUUUUGUGAUGCGGCCGGCUUACAAGUUUUGCAUUGUCUGCAACAUUUAAACGGUACGGGAGGAGAAAAUUUCUUUGUUGACGGUUUGAAUGCGGCUUACGAAUUGAAACGUUCGCAUCCUGGAUAUUUCGAUAUAUUAACCAAAGUUCUUGUACCAGCUGAAUAUAUAGAAGCGGGGCAACAUCAUAAGCACUCAGCUCCAUUAAUAUGCACAGAUCCUGUGAGGGGUGAUAUUGUUCAGUUACGUUUAAAUGUUUACGAUCGCGCUGUUUUCAAUACUUUGCCACAACGCGAAAUGCCAAAAUUUUAUGAGAGUUUUCGCAAAUUUUUGCAAAUUGUUCAAGAUCCUGUAAAUAAAUGGUGUCUGAAACUUCAACCGGGCACUAUAGUUAUAUUCGACAAUUGGCGCAUUUAUCAUGGAAGGCAUUCUUACACCGGUCAUCGUACCAUGACUGGCUGUUACAUACAAAGAACUGAUUUCAUGAGUAAGGCACGUGUUUUGGGAAUAAUUGAUUAAUUUUACAUCAAUAGCUGAAAUGAAACAAUUACCUUUCGUUCACUUAUUCAUUGUAUUAUAUGCAAAAAAGCAAAAAAAAAGUAAAACAAUUCA